AUGACUACAUCACUUACUGAACCACUUUCUGGUUCUGCUGGAAGAGAGUUGUCUUCGUGGGAGAAGACCAAGAAGGUUCUCAGAACAAUCUCUCGUAAUACAAUUGGUAAUAGAAGAUUGAGAAUGUAUUUGCUGUCUGUUUUCAAGAUUGUAGUCAUUUCCUUCGUUCAAGCAAACGAUUUAUUGGGCAUCACAACUGGCCAUCUCGUCGAUGGUGAAACCGAUGUCCAAUUCGGAUUGAAAAUUACUUCCUACAUUGCCAUGAUUUGUAUUCCAAUCCUAUUCACAUUCCGUUACAUUCGUGAAUUGAUUGCUGUGAAGAGAAAGAAACCACUCACCAUCUGGAUCAAUUGGAUCGAAAGCAUUAUUUAUUUCAUCUUUUGCAUUUAUUCAUUUGCCACUGGUAUUAUUCACUUUGUUUAUUUAGGUCGUGAGUAUGAUUACAAUUACAAUAAGAGAAAGAAGGAUCCUGCCUACUUUGCCAACAAAUCAGCAAGUUUGGAGGAACAUUUGGCUGUUGAAAUUUUGGAAGUUUUGGUGCAGUGGUAUGUGAUUUUUGAAAAGGCCACUCACUACACUCAUGCCAGUCACAGUGUUUCAAUCUUCUUGGCUAGACCUGUUCAUGUUGGUCAUCAUGACGAUCACAGUAGUGAAUAUAAAUUGGUUUCUCAACACGAGGAUGACGAUGGAGGUGAUGAUGAUCAUCAUGAAUAAGUCAUAUAUUUACAUAAUAAACCAUUUGUAUUUAUUGG